AUGACCGAAGAGGCGGAGAAAGCUAUCGACCAGGCGAUAGAUCUGGUCGUUCGCCUCCUCGCGGCUAUGAUGGCCAUCACAGGCGUUCGCCGCCGCGAAACCGUUCCCCCCGACCUCGAGCCGAUACCUGGGUUCCACCAUCCAACCGAGGAUAUGGAAGACCGCGAAGUCGCUCGCCACCGACUUACCGGCGACGCUCUCGAACGCCCCCGUUUCAAGGUAGAGGCUUUGGCUCAGGUUUCUACGGGCGAAAAAGAACCCCCCGCGAAGGUUCUCGCCUAG